AUGGAAUCGGGAUCGAGUAACCUGUCCAUCUUAGCCCCACCUGUGUUUGAUGGAGAGAAUUAUCAAGCAUGUGCAGUGAGAAUGCAAGCAUACAUGGAGGGUUGUGAUUAUUGGGAAGCCAUUGAGGGAGACUAUGAGGUGACUCUACUUCCUAAUAAUCCAACUGUGAAUCAGAUCAAAAUGCACAAGGAGAGAACCACCAGGAAGGCCAAGAAUUAUGGUUUUGGAUCAGUGAAGGAAAUAUGGGACUACCUCAAAGCUGAGUAUCAAGGAGAUGAGAGGAUCAAGAGCAUAAAGGUGUUGAAUUUGAUCAGAGAAUUAGAGAGGCUACAAAUGAAGGAGUCUGAGUCAAUCAAAGAAUACUCAGACAAGCUGAUUGAUAUUGCCAACAAGGUAAGAGUUCUUGGGGCUGAUCUCUCUGAUUCUAGACUGGUGCAGAAGAUACUUGUCUCCGUGCCUGAGAAAUAUGAAGCAACAAUUGCCUCUUUUGAGAACACUAAGGACUUGACUCAAUUGAGAGUAGUGGAGUUGAUUAUUGCUUUACAAGCACAAGAGCAGAGGAGGCUAAUGAGGCAGGAAGGAAGCAUAGAAAGAAGCAUAGAAGGAGCAUUAAAGGCUAAGAUGCAGCAAGGUGAAAAAGGAGAGGAACAGAAGCGGAAUGGGAAGAAUAGUGAUUGCAAUAGCGGUAGUGGUUCAGAAACUGCUGUAAAAGAAUCAUCCUCAUUUCAGGUGUUGGAGAAGGCCAGAUGUAAAGUGCAGAAAAUGAUAGGAAAUGGAGAAUACCUAGAAGUGAAGGGAAGAGGUACAGUAGCAAUAGAGAGCUGUGCUGGAACUAAAUUGAUUUUAGAUGUUCUGUUUGUACCUGAGAUUGAUCAAAACUUAUUGAGUGUGGGGCAAUUGGUAGAGAAGAGAUUCAAGGUGAUGUUCGAAGAGGGAAUGUGUCUGAUCCUUGACUCUAGUGGCAAUGAAUUGUUUAGGAUCAAGAUGCAGAAGAAGAGGUUCUCAUUGAAUCCAUUUGAAGAGGAGCAAAUGGUAACUCUCUUGGAGCAGCAACUGACAUUUCUCUCUAAUAAACUAUCAUCUUUUGCACAUGAAAUAUCUGAAGAACAUGCUGAGGAGCCACGAAAAAAGAAUUUAUCUCAGGAGAUCAAGAGUAAUGUGCAACUUUUAGAAGAGAAUAGUGGGUUAUGUUUCCAAAAUCAAAAACCGACUGAAAAAGCUUCAUAUGCGAAAGAAUUGACAUCUGUAGAUGUUGUUGAGUUUAAGAAUUUAGUUGGUAAGAUGGAAUUGCAUGCUAGGAAACAAUUAGAGGCAACUCUUGAAGCUACACUAGUCGAGAAGGAAUUCAUAGAAGGCGAAUAUUGA